GGUGCCCUAUUUUCCAUCCCACUCCCAUAAUCAUCGUUACACUCGUACAGAAGAAAAUAACCAUAGGUCAACGUGUCAUUCUGGUACAUCGAAAACGAUACACCUGCAUUACACGUUACCGAGAAGAGCAACAGAGUUACAGAAGGAGGGAGGGAGGGAGACGGACAAUCAGACAUUUACAUUCUCUUUUCUUAUUGUUUCGAGAGGUUUCAGAAUUCCAAUAUAAUUCUUUCUGGUUUUCUAUGAUCAGAUCAGAUCAGAAGUUUCGUUUCUGUAAUUCGUGUUUCCAGAAAGAGAGAUUCAUUCAUUGAUUAGAUCGAAAAAUGGAAGAAAGAAAUGAAGAAGAUGAAGGAGAUUUAUUAUCAUCAUUAAGUUCAUUACCGCCACCACAUCGUAAAGCAUACUCAUACAGUCAUCAAUUAGGUACUGCUAAUCAAGGUACAGCAAGGCCAAUUCGUGAUGCAUUUCGUAAUCAAAGUCUUAAAGAAGAAAGAAUACCUAAUCUUAUGGAUUCUGGUUACAAUUGUUAUGAUUCUUCUGAUGAUGAUGAUUUAUACACUUCUUCUGUUUCUUCUUCUUCCAGUAAUAAUAAAAAUAACACAGUAAUUAGUAAUAAUGUGAAUUACAAUAAUGUUAUUAAAAUCGGAGAUUUUCAGAAUUCCAAUUCGAAUCUUGAUAGGAAUUCAUCGAAUGGUUCUAAAGAUGAAAGAAAAUGUCUGCCUGAGUUUAUUGGAACUGGUGGUGAUCGUGGGAUAUUUAAACUUCCGUUACGUGGUGCUGUUCAUCCUGGUCGUCCAGCGAGUAUUGAAUUAAGACCGCAUCCGCUUAGAGAAACUCAAGUUGGUGUUUUCUUAAGAACCAUUGUUUGUACUGAUAAUUCGUUAUGGGCUGGACAAGAAUCUGGGUUAAGGUAUUGGAAUUUUAAUGAAAUUUAUGAAUCUGGUUGUGGUAUUGGGAAACGGGAGAGAAGAGGAGAUGAAGAAACAUCUCCGUUUUAUGAAUCGGUUCAUACUUCACCUACUAUGUGUUUGGUUUUUGAUGCUGGGAAUAAGUUUAUAUGGAGUGGUCAUAAAGAUGGGAGGAUUAGAGCAUGGAAAAUUCAGCAGAAUUUGGAUGGGAAUCCAUUCAAUGAAUUGUUUUCAUGGGCGGCUCAUCGUGGACCUGUGUUAUCCAUGGUUAUGACUUCUUAUGGUGAUCUCUGGUCUGGUGCUGAAGGUGGUGUUAUUAAGAUCUGGCCGUGGGAAUCUAUAGAAAAAUCACUUGCUCUUACGCCAGAGGAAAGACACAUGUCUGCAUCACUUGAUAGGUCAUAUAUUGAUCUUAGAACUCAAGUCACCGUCAAUGGAGUCUGCUCCAUAUCUAAUUCAGAUGUGAAGUACUUGCUCUCUGAUAAUUGUAAAGCAAAAGUCUGGACUGCUGGUUCCCAAUCCUUUUCGUUGUGGGAUGCUCGUACAAGGGAACUUUUGAAGGUUUUUAAUAUAGACGGGCAGGUUGAGAACCGCGUUGACUUGUCAUCGUUGCAGGAUACGUCUAUCGAAGAAGACAUGAAGGUAAAGCUUGUUUCUGGGUCAAAGAAGGAGAAACCACAAGGAUCUUUCAGCUUCUUCCAACGGUCACGUAACGCAUUGAUGGGAGCAGCUGAUGCUGUUCGUAGGGUAGCCAAAGGAGCAUUAGAUGAGCAUCGGAAGACUGAAGCAAUGCUUCUUACAGUAGAUGGAAUGGUUUGGACUGGAUGUGCUAACGGGUUUCUUGUGCAGUGGGAUGGAAAUGGAAACAGAAUACAAGACUUCCAACACCAUUCUGCAUCCGUCCAGUGUUUCUGUACCCUAGGCACACACAUAUGGGUAGGCUACGUUAGUGGCACCGUUCAAGUGCUGGAUCUCAAGGGUAAUCUGCUUGGAGAAUGGGUUGCUCACUGUAGUCCCAUCAUAAAAAUGGCUGUUGGUUAUGGCUAUGUAUUUACUUUGGCUAAUCAUGGUGGUAUUCGUGGAUGGAGCAUUACAUCUCCAAGCCCUUUUGACAAAAUACUGCGGUCAGAGUUGGCUAGCAAGGAGACGCAUUAUAAAAAGUUGGAAAAUCUGAAAAUAUUGGCAGGAACUUGGAAUGUUGGACAAGAAAGAGCUUCUCACGAUUCUCUUUUAGCAUGGCUAGGAUCUGCAGCAUCAGAGGUUGCAAUUGUUGUUGUUGGGUUGCAAGAGGUGGAAAUGGGUGCAGGUUUUCUUGCAAUGUCUGCAGCAAAAGAAACUGUAGGCCUUGAAGGAAGUUCCAUUGGGCAGUGGUGGAUGGAUAAUAUAGGGAGAAUCUUAGAUGAGGGGACGACUUUCGAACGUGGAGGAUCUAGGCAGCUGGCUGGUUUACUCAUAGUCGUAUGGGUGAGAAAAUGUCUUAUGCCACAUAUUGGGGACAUUGAAGCUGCAGCAGUUCCUUGUGGGUUUGGACGUGCUAUUGGAAACAAGGGUGCUGUGGGUUUGAGAAUGAGAGUAUAUGGUCGGGCCAUGUGCUUUGUGAACUGCCAUCUUGCUGCACAUUUAGAAGCAGUGACUCGUCGGAAUGCUGACUUCGACCAUAUUUACCGAAAUAUGAUCUUCAACCGACCAUCGAACCUACUCAAUGCUGCAGCUGGUAUGGUGCCAUACCUGUUUUUAUCUUGCUCUCUUGCCUGCUGCGCAUAUUUAUUUUGGCUGCUUUAUUCUUCUGGCUUGCCAUUCAUCCUUUCUGUUGCAGCUGGGGUCUCGUCUGUCGGUCAAAUGCUUCGUGUUACAAACGCCAGUGGCACCAAUACUGAAGAGGGGAAGCCUGAGUUAUCGGAAGCAGAUAUGGUCGUGUUUCUUGGUGAUUUCAAUUAUCGGCUUCACGGUAUUUCCUACGACGAAGCAAGGGACUUUAUCUCUCAAAGAUGCUUUGAUUGGCUGAGAGAAAAGGAUCAGCUCAGAGCUGAAAUGAAAGCUGGGAAAGUCUUCCAAGGAAUGCGUGAAGGGGUCAUCAGGUUUCCUCCAACAUACAAGUUCGAAAAGAAUCAAGCUGGUUUGGCAGGGUAUGAUUCUGGUGAGAAGAAGCGGAUUCCUGCUUGGUGCGACAGAAUUAUUUAUCGCGAUAGCCGCACUCUUUUUGCUCCAGUAUCUGAAUGCAAUUUAGAGUGCCCUGUCGUAUCUUCAAUUUUACAUUACGAUGCCUGCAUGGAUGUAACAGACAGUGAUCACAAGCCUGUUCGCUGCAUAUUCAGUGUUGAUGUUGCUCAAACAGAUGACUCGAUACGAAGACAAGAGUUCGGAAAAAUUAUUGAGUCUAAUCAGAAAAUCAAGUCUCUUCUUGGAGAACUAUGCAAAGUUCCAGAAACUAUUGUUAGCACAAACAACAUUAUCCUCCAGAACAAGGACACUUCCCUUCUUAGAGUGACCAAUAAAUCUGGGAAAGAUGAAGCUGUGUUUGAAAUAGUUUGCGAAGGUCAAUCAACCAUCAAAGAAGAUGGUGAAACUUCAGAUCCGUGUACGAGAGGUUCCUUUGGCUUUCCUCGUUGGCUUGAGGUUACUCCGGCAGCUGGUGUCAUCAAACCUUGUCAUGUUGCGGAAAUUUCUAUGCAUCAUGAGGAGUUCCAUACUCUAGAAGAGUUUGUUGAUGGCGUUGCACAGAGCUGGUUGUGUGAAGACACAAGAGACAAGGAAGUACUGUUGUUAGUGAUCAUCCGUGGUAGUUGCUCCACCAAGACAGGGAGCCACAGGAUUUGCGUGCGUAACAGCUCGUCCUCCCUCCGUGUUAACUCCAAAAGCAACGACUCUGCCAAAAACCAAGCAAAUGUCCUCCAUAGAUCUGUUCGUCCCAUCAAUGGUUCGUCUGAUGUCGCUGAGGAUCUUCGCAACUUGCACAUGCCAUCAUGAACAUAAAAAAUACGUGUAUCAUUGGGCAAGAUUAUCUGCGCAGUUGGGAAAUUGAAAAGUUGAUAAUAUCUAUUUAUUGUCCAAACAGCGUCAAAGAUGCAAUUUCAAUGUAAAUAUCCUGGGGCUUGGUCACUGUUUUAUUAAUCUGGGAGCCGGCUAAAAUUGAUUGCUACUGUUCUUCCUGAAUUAUCCAGGUACAAUUCUUUAUAUAGUUGAUUCUUUAGCCCCUUGGUUAUCCAGGCUUACCACAUUAUAAUACUCUUGGAUGGGCGUGCCAGAUAUGUGCAAGCGGAAGAUUAAACUUAAAAGCUGGCAGUCGAAGGGAGUUUGUAGUUAGUAUUCAUUUUGUUCUCGUCUUUUACUUCUUCUUUUCCCCCCUUUAUGCAGUGUAUUGAACUACUUUCCCAUUGUCAUGUAGUUGAAGGUCACGGUUGUCUGUAAGCUGGGUAUCAAAAAGCGUUGUCUGUCAAAGUGUGUGGUAGUUCUCUUGUAAUGACUUACAGUUGUCAAGAAAUAUAAAGUUUCUUUGUAGUUCGAAA